ACCUGUCGUAAAGCCUGCCGUAAAGCGUCCCAACAGCAACAAUAUAAAGUGGUCCCAUAUAAAGUUGAGCUUUUCUGUUGUUGUUGUUUUUUUUUAAAAAUUAAUUUAAACUUUAUUUGAUGUUUUAAUAACAUGUCGUCACUGCAGCAGCUGGUAUCUGUCGUCAUGAAGGAGUUCACGUUGGCGGCGAUGACUGAAAUCUGUCGGAAAGUGAAACCUGAAGACUCCCAGACUGAGGAGGAGCUGCUGGCUGUGAUGAGGAGACUUUGUGAGGCUCUGCUGCAGGAGCUGAGGAGGCUGCUGGAUCAGCACCAGGAGCUGGAGGAUGGCUGUCCAUCACGCCCUCAGGAUGCUGCAGUCGAGCCUCAGCCGGACACCACGCCUCCUACAACAGAAAGAGACACUCAGGUGGAGGUGAACGGCCAAUCAGAUGCUCCUACAGGUGUGUCCAGCCAAUCAGAGCAGACCCCUACAGUAGGCAGCAGACAGACCUUCAGCUGCAGCGUCUGCAGCAGCGCCUUCUCCCGACGCUCCAACCUGGUGGCUCACCUGAGGGUCCACACACGAGAGCGCCCCUUCACCUGUUCCCUUUGUGGGAAAGGCUUCUCCGCCCACAGCAGUGUCCGAGUCCAUCAGCUCACCGUGCACAACAAGUAUAGGCCGCACAGGUGUUCGCACUGCGGGAAGGUGUUUGGCACCCACAGCCACCUCAGGGCACACCUGAUGCCCAGCAGCCAGCCACUCACCUGUUCUGCCUGUGGAGAGAUGCUGGCAGCGAGAUGCAUCCUCAGACAGCACCGCCAGACCUGUCAGAGGUCAGACAGGGCCGCCGAGUGCGUCGAGUGUGGGAAGAAAUUCUCCAAGCACAGUUACCUGUCAGCUCACCGGAGAGUCCACCUGAGUGAUAAACCCUUUAAAUGUCCGACCUGUGAGAAAGGCUUCACCACACGCCGCAGUGUCCACGUGCACCAGCUGAGCGUCCACAGAGGACUGAAGCCAUUCAUCUGCAGCAUUUGUAUGAAGAUGUUCAGCCAGCGGAGUGGUCUCCGAGCUCACCAGAGGACACACACAGGUGAGCGUCCACACACCUGCGACCAGUGCGGGAACACUUUCUCCAGUAGGAGCAGCCUCUCAGUCCACCGCCGUGUGCACACUGGAGAGAAGGCCUUCAGCUGUGACAUCUGCGGGAAGAGCUUCAGUGUGUCAGGCAACCUGCGCCGACACCGCUUCAUCCACUCGGGCCGCCGCUCAUUCAGCUGUGAUGUGUGCGGCCGGAGCUUCACACAGGCCGGACACCUGAAGGCACACCGUGGUUUGCACAGUGGAGAGUGGGCAUUCAUCUGCAAUGCCUGUGGGAAGGGCUUCAGACAGCGCAGUGCACUGCUGCUGCACGAGAGGAGCCACAGUGGUGUCAAACCGUACAGCUGCAGCCAGUGUGGGAAAAACUUCUCCUCAUCCACGGCGCUGAAACGCCACCAGGUGGCGCACAGCGGGCAGAGAGCUCACACCUGUGAGGAAUGUGGGAAGAGCUUCACAAGUGCCCAGGUCCUGAAAACACACCUGCAGCUGCACAGCGGCAACAAACCAUUCUCCUGUGACGUGUGCAGCCGCGGAUACAGCUCGCUGAGCUACCUGAAGGUGCACCGACGCACCCAUUUGGAGGGGAAACCCUUCAGCUGCCCUCAGUGUGAGAAAACCUUUGCCACGCAGGCGAGUGUGAAGCUGCACCAGCGCACGCACAGUGGUGAGAAGCCGUUCGUCUGCGAGGUCUGUGGCAAAAAUUUCAGUGUGUCACAGAACCUUGUCAGACACAAGCGCGUUCACAGCGGAGAGAAACCAUUUGAAUGCAGCGUUUGUGGGAAGAGAUUCAGUCAGACCAACAACCUGAAGUCUCACCAGCUGGUUCACACAGGACAGAAACCGUUCAGCUGCUCCGCCUGCAGCAGGAGCUUCACCUCCACCAGGAGCCUCAGGGAACACAGGUGUGUCGCUGCUGAAUGAAGCGCAGGAAGCUGACCGAGGACUGGUGUCGGAAAGCUGUCCCAAACCUGGCCAGACACGGUGCAGAAAGUCCCCGAGCUUUGAAGGGCCUCAGACAGGAUGUGGUUAUGAUGAAUGUGUCACCUGAGAGCUCACAGGCAUUUCAGGGUCUGGGGAAACAUCAGUGAAUGAAGUCAAAAAGCAGAAGAUUCAAAAGCGGUUCACAAUGGGAGCUGGUUUUGGUUUGAAGUCGCUCCUCCAGAUUCAACCAGGCCUCAGUGCUGAUGCUCAGAAACUGUGAGCACGGAGCUGCACAGGAGUCCAAGAGACAACAUAAAUCUGAAUGUAUCUUUUGAGUUUAGCUUUAGUUUCUUGUUAAUGAGGAAACCACAAACUGCAAGACAUACAGGGAAUUUACUGGGUAUCUCUUUAUCACAUAUAAAGAAAUAAUGAGUGUUUGGUUAGGGCGCCCUCUGGUGGUUUGGAGCAGUUCUCAGUUUGAAUUAGUUUGAAUAACUGUGCACUAAGAUAGAAACCAGACAUUUUGCCUAUAUAUUUAUUCAUGUCUACAGUCUGGAUUUUAUUUUGGUGGUGCCCUGCAUCUUUCCCAUCAAGUUUUCCUCCACAGCAGAAGUCCCUGAAAUGAUCAGAACAUUUAUUUUUCCAUGAAUGAAAAGCUGAAAAUAUUAAAUCUUUGGUGAAAUUUUGCAGUGUGCAGAUCAUAUUCUUUUGAGCUGAGAGCAUGUGACCAGACUGAGUGGAGGAUGAAACCAGCAGCGACACAUUUCCAACCUGUUUCACCCAUUUUAACUAUUUUGUUUCCUCAUGUCGCUUUGAGCUGUGACCUUUCAUUGGGGUCAAUGCUGGGGGAAACAGAACAGUACUCUUUAAUUUUAGACCAAAGAACACGUCAUCUACAUG